UCAUGUGAGCAAGCUCACAGCUGUUGAUUAGAUCAGUAACUUCAACAAAGUAGUGAGUUUCUUUAAAUAAGGACAGCUUAGAAAGACCACCAACAGGCUUCAAAAUCUGCUAAAGCAUGAUGGAUGUAAAACUGAAAGCAAAGUCAGAUGCUGCACUGUAUUUUUAUUUUUGCUUUGUGUGCAAAAAUGCACAUCUUCCUAAACAACAGGAACUGCCCUGUGUGGUCAGAUGUCUGUAAGAGCGAGCAUUAGGGCAGGAGAUCAUAGGCCACACUACCCUACAGAACAGCACUUAGAGAACUUGCUCUCCAGUAGCUCACUAACACCUUCAGAAUAAAAGCAGGGCCCAGAGCAACCAAGAACUGAAGAAUUUCCAGAAUGAGUCAAGCUGAGGAAAGCAGUAUCCACUCAACAUGGAAUAUUGUGAGGUCAGUAGUCUGCAUAAUACUGAGCUUGUCAUUUAUUAUUGGGACCCCUGGAAACUGCAUCGUCAUCUGGACUGUUUGUAGAAAAAUGAAGCAAGUGUCUCUUUCAGUGCUGCUGAUCUUGAACCUGGCCAUUGCUGAUGUCCUCGUGCUGAUCACUUUACCAAUCUGGAUUUACUCCUUUGCUGACUCAUGGGUUUUUGGAGUCAUCUUCUGCAAAAUACUGGUUUUCAUUAUUUACUGCAGCAUGUAUGCAAGUAUAUUUCUAAUUACAGCACUGAGCUUGGAGAGAUUAGUGGCUGUGUUUUACCCUUUCACAAUUCAAAGAUACAAAAGAAAAGAAAAGAUUUCUUUAAUCAUGUUCCUCAUUUGGUUCCUGUCUAUUACUUUUGGCAUUUCUGUCAUUCCCUUUCAAGAGACAGAAGAAAUGAACGGUCAGCUGCUCUGCACGUGUCGCAGCUACUCUUCUAACAGACAGAAGGUGUCAUAUCUUUUGCUGGAGACUCUUGCAGGUUUUGUAAUCCCUUUUUUAAUUAUUUGCACUUGUUAUGUGUGUGUAGGCAGAAGGAUAAGCAGAAUGACUUACCAGUCUAAGCAGCGAUCAGGCCGGCUCAUUGCCAGCAUUGUGGUGGCAUUCAUUGUGUGCUGGUUCCCUCACCACGUGUUCAACAUCCUAGAUAUUAUUUCCAUUGAAAUAGAACUCUCUCAUGAGGAAAUGUCUUUGGCACUGGAUGAAAUUGUAGACAAAGGAGUGUACAUCUCUGGAGCACUUGUAUUCAUCAGUAGCUGUAUUAACCCUCUGCUUUAUGCUUUUGCUGCGCGAAGAUUUCAGAAUCACCUGAGAUUUGCCAAGAUGUCAAAGCUGUUUGAGCAGAUGAGUCAGACUGUGACAGAGGAAGACAAGAAAAGAAGUUUGGUUGUAAACAAACAAGAAGAUGCUUUAGUAGGCACAGAAAAUCUCUAACAAGGAUCUCAGUGAUUAAUCUGUGUCGUUUCUUCAGUAGUCCUUUCUCCUCAUACUCUACUUUCAUUUAUUAAGCAGUCCAGGGAAAGCUAGAGACAGAUAAAAGCUUUUUGGUUUGUUUUUUUUCUUGUGUGCUUUAUAAGACUUGGCACUGACAACCUAGUUCAGUUCAUAAGUUAAUAUCCACAUCAUGAAAUGGGCAUUAUUUCACUGUUGCUGAGAACCUCAGCAAGGUGGAUAGAAGCUCAAAUUGUAAGGAAUACAGCAUUUUUACUUUCCAUUAUAUUAUUUCUGAUUUCUAGGAAGUCUGUGAGCAGAAAAUAACUCCUCGUGGAAAGGAAAGGCUUUGAAAAUUUAAACCCAAGUUUUUCUUCAGAAAAAAUCAUUAGAUGGUCAAAAAUCCUUAUAUAAUCUAAAGUUUUAAGAGUCCAUAGUUAAAUUCUUGAUAUGGGUAAGAAGUUUUAAAGUACAAUAAUGACAUACUCUUCUGGGCAGAUGGAAAAUCUAAAGCUAUUUUUAUUCAUUAUUUAGGUUUGAAAAUAAUAAUUGUUGUUUACACAGUCAAGCUCCUUUACUGCAUUACUUCGUGGUAAUAGGUUUGAAAAAGUCAGAUGUGAAGUGUGAUACGUCUCCAGAAAAAACAGGAGGAUUGAAGGAAAACCUGAAGAAUUUUUAGUUCAUAAAUAGCCAAUAUACAAGAAGGAUAAAAAAGAUCAUAAAGAAAAAGCAUCAGCAUUACACCUUUGCUGCCUGCUGACAUCAAAGCAUUUCUAUGGGUCCAAGUGUGAUGCCAGGGACUCGAUGUGUGUGUCAGGGUCAGGAUCAGGUCCAUGGAGAAUAACCAGCAUCACAAACAGCCAGUGAUCACCAGGAAGGACCCCCGUGUGUCCAAGUGUGAUGGAAGUUCUUCAAGACUGACCCUGAAAGGUACCUGGCUCCCUCACAGAAGAGAGGAUGGAAAAAUAAUCAGAUGUUUUCACCACAAAAUGAAGUCAUCUUUAACUUUCCUCAAAAAAUGUUAUCCUCAUAUGACAACAUGUCAAGUCAUUUGAGUCUGCUGGAUACAAUCAGAUUUAUUGUUACCCUUGACCUCUGAGAGCUCCUAAAAAUUAUCCUGAGCAGUGUCACAUACGAACUAAAACCAGAAAUACUGGGUAAACCAGUUACACUGACAUGAAUGAGCCAGGUGAUGAAUUCUGGCAAUCUCCUACCUCAUAAGAGAACAGCACCAAUUGCACAUAUGAAGAUUUUUUUUCUGCAUCCUGGUAAAAAAUUCAAAUUGGCCCAAAGAACACACAAAUCUGGGGGAAAGGGAAAAGUCUAAUCAUUGAGUAACAUUUGACUGUCAUCUUCCCAAGACAUUAGGGAGAAUUAUGAGAAUUAAGCUGAAGAAAGCAAAGAGAAAGAGAAGGCAAAGGAUAUUGUGCAACUAUACUUGAGAGAAAGCAUAGAAAAACAGAAACUAAAGGAAGAUUAAGGAAGUCAGAGAUGCUAAAAAGGAACAGAUCAAGUAUCUCCCUUUGGCCCAAACUUGAAAACUCUGAGGGAACAGAAAGUAAUAUACUGUCACUGCUAUGGAGACUGCUGGUCCUUAGAAGCAAUGGAGAGGCAUCCUCAAAGUUACAUUAUGAGACGUUAUCCUUGUAUGGAGCCUACAAACAAGUAGCUGUACAAAUAUGCCUGCCAGGAUUAAAGCUAAAGGAAGUGGAUCCUGUUGCUGUUCUGUGGAGACAGGCGAUGUCAUUCCUUCAGAUUUUUUAAUAUCAUUGCAGAGACGUAUAACUCAGGGCAGGGAGAUGGAAGGUUGUGGAUAGAAGGUGAAUGAGAAACCCUAAUUUGAUAUUUUAAAAUGUUUGAUAUCCCAGGAAGGCCAGCAUUUAUUUAAAUUUUUCUUUUAAACAUUUUGGAAUAUGUUUGAAGUUCAUUUAGCUAGAAUAGUUUAGAUAAAUUAAUAACAGCAGAAUUAUGUGAAUCAAGAUAGUAGAAACCAGAUGGGUUUUUUUGGAAGAGGGGCUACAUUUUAUGAGAUGAUCUCAUAUAAUUGUGAAAAGUAUGGAAGCUUUUGAGCUCACUAGCCUUGAUACCAUGCAUAGAUUUCAAAUAAGAUUUCAAGGGUCUUUGACACUGAUCUGAGGAGGACUUCUUUAAUCUGACAUGUUGUUCUAAGUGAAUUACAGUACUUUUUCUUUCACAUAGAUCCUAAAAGACAAGUACGUACAUACUGGCAUUCUCUGUGCCAGUUCACUGGAGCCUGGGAUCAUAGAUGUCAACCUAGCCAAGAAUUUAUCAUGGGCAUGAUCUUCUAUAGAAAUCUGCUCAUUAUAAUCCCAUUAUGUGUGAAAUACACAUUAGGGCUACAAAAUGACACCCUCAUGAAGCAGCUAAAUUGCAACAGAUGGGGGCAUUUUUUUCUGUGAACAAAGCUGCAGGUAAAAUCUGUGUUUACAGGUCUGUGUACAAACACUGCCUCCCCUCCAAACCCCCGAGAUAAGUGUGUCUGGGAACAGGGGAACAGCUCGGGGUAAGAGGAACAGUGCUCACACUUGCAGUCAAGGUAUUUUUAUGGUUCUUAUUACAGACUUUGGGGAUAAGAAGCAUCCCAUACUCAAUGAUCAGGCUGCUAUGCUGUUUCAUUUCCACUAUAUCCAAAGGACAUAAGUAACCAAAAAAAAUAUAAGUGGGUUUUUAUUCUACUGACAACUUCUAGAAAUGUAUUGACAGAGGAAAAUAUAGCUGUUGCAUAAAUUCAGCAAUACCAGAAAAUAUAAUGCUGAAAACAUUUUGAGUAUAUAAAUACAUAAUACAAAUUAAAGUUUUCAUCUCAGAGUGUUUGGGAAUUUGCCCUUUCUGUACCAAUGAAAUAUCUUCAGAAUUGCUUCUCAGGCAGCUGCACAUGUGAGGUGCAGAGACAACAGCUGAGAGGUGUUUAACAGCUGUCCUGUAAUGUUCAGUGAGAUACACCUGUGCACUGCAGAGUUUCCUGCAUGGCCUCUGUCAGGUAAAUGCUUCUAAUACAUAACUUCUAAGGUACUUCACAUGAGACAGCAUCCUUGAAAUGUAGUUUAUUUUCAUUGAAAUAAAUGGAAUUAGUCUUACUGAUGGUGUUAGCAUGUGAAUCAGUGUUUGCUGAAGGAGGUCCACAAUAACUGUUAUAAUUAACCAAUUAUAAAAUUAGCAUGUUAAAAGAAGAUGAGAAAAUGUGAUUUGCUAAUUAAAGCUAUCAGCUAUUCAGUUAAAUGCCCAACUCUGCAUUUUCCCAUGAUAGACAUCAGUAGCUAAAUAGCAGCAUGAUUUUUCAUUCAGUGAAAACUGUAUUUCAACCAACACUAAUAUUGGAGUACAAACUGAAGAUUUAAUUAAGCAAAAGAAAUAUUAUUACUAGUCUAACUAGCAGCAUCUGGCCUUUAAAAAUCAUUAGUAGCUCCUCAGUGGUGGCAGUAGGAAAAAUAAUAACUGUUGAAACAGUUCAGAGGCAUUUUAACUUUCUUUUCUGCUUUAAAAUAAAUUUGAGUUUGACAAUACCUCUGCAAAUUGUCUCAGUCUGCAAUGUUACAAAUAUUACUGCUGCUGCCGAGAAGAAAUGCUUAGCAGUGUUUUUGUAGCAGCUAAACUGGGUGGUGAUUUCCCACUGUGGAUUCUCACCUGUGAAACAGGAGAGAGGUAUAGAGAGAAGCUGCCCAGCUUGGUCUGCAGUUAAUACCCAGGAGCUUGUUCCUUACUGAGCAGUUGUAGGGUAGAAAAUGCAGGACUUUAUAUUGCUGUUUUGCAAAACUUCCUACAUACACUCUCUCUCAAAACAAACAAAAAAAUAUUUUCCUAGGACCCACCUUUACAAACUAGAGAAUAGGGCCUAAAAUACAAAGUACUUUCUGUCUGUAAUAUCCCUUAAAACCCUUGUAGAAUACUACACCUUUAUUACACAUUAACGUUGGCGUGGGCUGCUGGAUACACACGUAGCAACGUGCACAAAAGGAAAUUAAUUAGGAGCAGGUAGAGACUUCUGUUUCGUGGAUUUCAAUGCUAAGUCAUAAACUGUGUUUUAGCAACUCUACGCGUGUACUCCCCAGAUUUGCCGAGCAAACGGGCCGGGCGGGAGUGCUCAGAGCCCCGUGUCCCCCGCACGAG